AUGGCCAGUGGAAAGCUGUUUCGUGCCAUUAUCAUGGGUGCACCCGGUUCGGGCAAGGGAACCGUAUCCGGACGCAUUGUGAAAGUGUUUAACCUGAAGCACAUCAGUAGUGGUGAUUUGCUGCGAUCGAAUAUCGAGAAGCGCACGGAGCUGGGCUUGAUCGCGGACAAGUACAUCCGGGAGGGCAAGCUAGUACCGGACAUUUACAUAACAAAGUGCAUAUUGGGCGAGCUGCAACAGAUUCAGUCACACUCGUGGCUAUUGGACGGUUUCCCACGCACACGUGAACAAGCCGAUGAUCUGUGGAAUCAGGAACGGAUCGAUUCCGUAAUCAAUUUGGAUGUGCCUUUCGAAGUGAUCAUCGAACGUAUCCAGAGCCGGUGGGUGCAUCUGGCCAGCGGGCGAGUGUACAAUGUAGGGUUUAAUGAUCCGAAAACGCCGGGCCGAGACGAUGUUACCGGGGAACCACUUAGUCAACGGCCAGACGAUAAUCCGGUUGCUGUGAGGAAACGGUUAGAGGUGUACGAUGCGUGUACGCGCCCAAUAAACGAGUACUUCGAUAAAAAGGGCGUGCUGGUUACGUUCAAGGGUAGUACGACGGACGAAAUUUGGCCACAUGUGAAACAAUACCUCGAAGCUAAGAUACAGUAA